AGAUAUGACAGAAACUUUUCUCAGCCGAUUGACUACAAUGAGAAGACAGUGUUACAGUCUGUUUUGCAUCGAGAUAUGUUUCUGAGCGCUGCAUUGAAGCAAAAGUUUGUUUUGAAUCGAUAAAUGUGUGUAUAUCAUGGAUGGGAAUAAAGUGAUAGCUAAAGAAGAGAUCCAAGGAAUUUUUCCGACUGUAUAUAGUCAAAGUGAAUUUCUUGAGGAGCUCUCUUUAACUGAAGAAACGUCGUGCGGGCUUUGGUUUGUAAAGGGAGCCUUCUUGCAGAAGUUCGCUAAUAAGAAGGCCUAUGUGUUUUUAUACGGAGUGUUGGGAUGCGCUUUUUCAGCGGCAUAUGCCUAUUUUAAUGGCACGAUUACAACACUGGAAAAGAGAUUUAAAAUACCCAGCAGAACCACAGGCAUUAUAACAAUAGGGAAUGAUCUCAGCCAGCUGCUGGUAUCAGCAAUUCUAAGCUACUAUGCAGGACGAGGCCACAGACCACGUUGGAUGGCUUUGGGAAUGUACACCGUUGUACUAUUCUGCUUAAUGUCAGCACUACCUCACUUUCUGUACGGCGCGGGUGACGAUGCUCUCUCAUUAACCUUAGAACAUAAGGCAUUUGCUAAUACCUCACUAUAUUCGAACGAGCAUACAAUGGCGGCGAUGCUUCAGCAACAGAGGAAACAUUUAUGUCAAGCAAAACGCCAAGGAGGUAAGGGUUGCAAGUUUGAAGAGGGCAAUUCUUCUCCACAGCUUAUUUUGUUUGCGGCCCAAUUUAUUUCCGGAAUAGGUGGUUCCUUGUAUCAUACACUCGGUGUUUCUUAUAUGGACGACAACAUCAAGAGGUCGAAAACACCGGCACUAUUCAGCUUUACUUAUUUUAUAAGAAUGUUAGGACCUGCUCUUGGUUACGCUUUAGCCUCCUUAUGCCUAAAGAUUUACGUCAACCCAAACCUUACACCUACUAUAGACAAUCAAGAUCCUCGGUGGCUAGGUGCUUGGUGGCUGGGAUGGAUCAUCUUGGCAAUCGUAAUAUUCUUUCUUUCCACUUUACUUGCUUUGUUUCCUAAAACUUUGCCAAGAGCAGCCGUGAGGAAGGAACUGCUGAAGCGACAAAUGUCUAGACAACCGUCCAAAGCAUCCUCGAUGAAAGCCGAAGAGGAUAGUGACCUUCCAAGAUCUUUUAAAGAUAUGAUUAAAACCUUCAAAAGAGUCAUGCACAACCGAACCUUGAUGAUGAACAACUUUGCAGCAGUAUUCUAUUUUCUCGGAUACAUGCCUUACUGGAUCUUCCUCCCGAAGUACAUAGAAACUCAGUACAGACAAUCUGCUUCAGCUUCGAGUUUAAUUACUGGAAGCAUGGGACUGGUUUUUUCAGCCGUUGGCAUUCUUUUGUCUGGUAUAGUCAUCUCGAAGUACAAGCCAAAGGCUAGAAGUCUAGCAGCGUGGAAUGUGCUCGUAGGCCUGAUAUCUGUAAGCGGGAUAAUUUCGUAUGCGUAUUUGGGCUGCAGCGAGAUGGACAAUAAGAUCCCUUUAUUACCAAAUGGAGAGUUGGACCCCAUAUCAAAGUGCAACUCUGCUUGUCAGUGCGAAACAUAUCAAAUACAACCCAGUGUGUUCGGAAAACGGCGUGACUUAUAUAUCCGCGUGUCAUGCAGGUUGCCGGGAUGUCAUCAACGUAAAUGGGUCGAACGUAUUUUCCGAUUGUUCGUGUAUUAGAAGAGAUGAAACGCACAGUUAUAAAGAGAUGACAAAAAUCGAAGAGACAAGUCAAUUUGAGAAAGCAUUGGACGAUAUUUCGAAAAAUAGCGGCUUCGCCUCUCCGGGAAGCUGUCAGGUAGAUUGUCUAUUCCAGUUCUAUAUCUUUCUUGCCGUAGAUCUGUCUGCUAAAGUUCAGUGGAGCUACAGGAAGAGCUUCCAAUUUUCUAGUUACUGUCAGAUGCGUUGAAGAAAAAGAUAAGGCUGUUGCCAUGGGCUUUGGAUUGAUGUUAAUGAGCCUAUGUGCCUUUGUUCCAUCUCCUAUACUCUUCGGUUUUAUUUUAGAUAAAGCAUGCCUUGUUUGGGGGAGAACUUGUUCCGGUACAGGAAACUGUUGGCUGUAUAACGGCGCGGACUUGAGAUCAACCAUGAAUUUUACAGCCGCUACCUUCGUCUUCAUUGGUGCCUUGUUCGAUCUAGGCGUCUGGUAUUUUGUAAAGGAUGUUGAAAUAUUCGAAGAAGAUGUAGAACUUGAGGAUGUGAUUGAGUUUAAAUAAUAGUUUUUAUAUAUAAAUUAGAUAAUUUUUAUAAACUAC